AUGCUUAACCUCAGCUUGGUGCCCACACACCUGCGUAACACGGUCACCAAGGUGGUUCCGAUGCUCUUCUUCCGCUUGCUCGAUCCUUCGUGGAAUCGUGCCGGGACAGCUGGCCUCGUGAUUGCCAACCGGCUUUCUGAGGACCCACGCGUCACAGUGGCCGUUGUUGAGGCUGGGGAUGAUGUUCGCAACGACCCCGUCGUUGCCUCGUUGAACUUCUCUUUCAGCGACUUCAACACUUCUAUCAACUGGCAGUAUACCUCCGUCCCCCAGGCGAACCUCGGCGACCGUGCGAUGAGCUACCGCGCAGGAAAGGCAAUCGGUGGGUCGAGCAUUGUCAACGGCUUCGUGGUCGUCCGAGGCGAUAAGGCUCAAUACGAUGCAUGGGAGGAUCUGGGAAAUAAAGGCUGGAAUUGGGACACUGUAUUCGCCUCCUUCAAGGCUGGCGAGCAAUUCAUUCCACCGACAGAAGCGCAGGUCGUAGCCGGGGCGACAUACGACCCAAAUGCUCAUGGGACGAGCGGCCUUCUGACCAUUAGCUUUCCCUUUGACUUGUCCAAUAGCUCAUACCACAGCAAGGCCACAGAGUCAUGGAAGAAGCUAGGCUUGGAACCUAUCAAGGACCUCAACAGUGGUCAUAGCCACGGUACAGCUAUGGCUCCAUGCACAGCAGAUAGGGACAUCAGUGCUCGGGAGUCUUCUGCGACGGCGUACUACCAGCCUUUUGGCUCGAGGAAGAACCUGAAGAUACUCAAGGGGACUGUCAGCAGAGUGACAUGGGGACGAAACAGUGGCAACCUGGCCGUUGCUGACGGAGUUGAGUACCUCACUCCGACAGGGAAGCUUGUCAAAAUCGGAGUCAGGAGAGAUGCAAUCAUCUCUGCGAGUGUUUACAGAAGCCCCCUUAUCCUUGAGUCGUCUGGAGUUGGCAACCCCAAGAUUCUGAAAAAACUCGGCAUCACGACCAAAGUCUCGCUCCCUGGGGUUGGUGAGUCCUUCCAGGAUCACAAUGCUAUGGGCAUGGCCUAUGCCACGAAGGAUGUAAUCAACGGACGUCUCCCAUUUGCGGUCAUGGUGACGGCUGAUGACGUUUUCGGCGACAACAAGUCGGCUAUCGUCAAGUCCUCGCGAGCACAACUCGCCUCGUGGGCCAAGAUUGCAUCGAAGGCAUCCGGCGGCGCUAUCAGCGAGAAGGCGUUCCUCAAGAGAUACCAGGUCCAGCAUGACCUGAUCUUCAGGGAAAAUGUCACUAUCGCUGAGAUAUUUCCCACCAACGGUGGGACCAACAUCAUCCAGCAAUUCUGGGCCUCGCUGCCUUUCUCGUACGGGAGCAUCCACCUUGGGGCUGCCAAUAAGAUCGACGAGCCCGUGAUCGAUCCAAAGCUAGCGACUUUUGACUUUGACGUCCAAACCAUGGCUAGCCUGGCAAAACUUAGCCGCGAGGUAUAUCGCCUGCCACCGUUGAGCGGCCUUGUGACGGCUGAGUUGGUCCCGGGGGAGAGCACCUUGUCAUUUGACGCUGCUGCACAAUGGACAGCAUAUGUCAAGGGGAACAUGGCCAACGCCAUGCAUGCCAUCGGAACCUGCGCCAUGCUACCUCGAGACUUGGGCGGCGUCGUCGACGCGCGGGUCAAGGUGCACGGUACGAAGAACGUAAGGGUUGUUGACGCCUCCAUAAUCCCCAUGCAGUUGAGCGGCCACACCAUGGGUCCAGUGUAUGCGGUUGCUGAAAGAGCUGCGGCUCUUAUCAAAGAGGACUGGAAGUAA